AUGCGUCUGACCUGCCUUCUCGCGUUCGUUGUCGCGGCUGCAGUACAGAGCAGCACUAACGCGCUCACUUCCAACGAGGGUGCGACUCUGACUAUGGCAUCGCCAGACAUGGUCCACGACGUCGAGACAACUCUAAACGAGGGCACGCGACACCUGCGCAAAGCUGAACCUGCUGACACUUCGAAUCAAGACGACGACGACGAUGAAGAACGAGGGUUUAAAACCUCUCUCAAGAGCUUCAUCAAAAGCGCAAAACAAUCCUUCGGACUUUCCAAGACGGACACCAAAGCCCUGGCCCAGUAUUUGUACGCUCAGCGAAACGGAUUCGUGUAG